AUGUUCCUUGGCAGGUGAAGAAGGGAAGAGUGGAAUCAUCUGAAAAAAUGGCGACCGCGGUGAAUAUUCGAGAGCUGGAUUACACAGGCGGGAAACUGCAUAAGUGAGUUCACAAAACUCAGUGCCUCAGAUUAUACACGUAAAUAGAGGGGUACCAUGCCUGAGACAAAGUGAACCGGACUCUGUGUAAUGAUGAAAGACAGGAAGCCACUGGCACUUGCGGGAGGUAAUCAGGCUAUUACACGUUUCUUCAGCCCACGCUGUGAUCCAGUUAAAGACCGCCUCGUGCUUGGAUCCCCCAAACAGCAGUGCAGUGAUGCUAAAACGAGCGGUCGGUCUCACUGCAGCUCUGCGGUGAAGCCAGGCAGCGGAGUAUCCACGCCUCCCCCCGUGAAGCACAAGAGCAAACCUGCUCUGCCGAUGCAGAAGACUCAGGACAAGAACCCCGCCCUGGAGGCCUUCACCAGGGCUGCCAGCUGGGAAAAAGCAGGGAGCCCGAGCAGAGGGAUCAGCAGGAGUCACACACACAUGCCCAUGCCCAACGUGGUGGUGAAGAAGCUCUGUCCCACCUCCCUCAGCUUCUCCUCCUUCAUGCUGGGCAGUGACGACUCCACCAAGAAGAAGUCUGUCUAUAGAAACAGCACGGCCCCUCUCCUGAAAAGCAGCAGUCUUGCUUGUGAUGAAAGGAAAGGGUCCCAGGAUGGAGACGCGAAGCCCCACCAGGCGCUUGAUUUCCUUUCCCCAGACAGCAGCCCUCCCUUCACCCCCAGGAAGACUCAGUCAAGGCUGCACAGCCCAGAGUUUCAGGAGACGCUGCAGAAUUACAAGAAGCAGAGGGAGCUGAAGAGGCAAAGGCUGGAACAAUCACAGCACACAGUUAACAAGUCUUCUGAAUGCCAGCGAUCAAAUCCGGUCUGUUACAUAUCGCCAGGCUCGUCCCAGCUCUGUAACAUGACCACCCCGAAGGCGGUGCUGCUCGUAAACAAGUCCUCCAGCCACCGUAAAGCUCAAAAGAAUUUGUGUUAUUCACCCGAGUCUCAAAGCAGGCACGUGAACCCAGGUUACAACUCAGCAGAACAAUCCCCUGGGAAGAGGAAAAGAGAUCUGGACGAGGAGGAUGGGAGAGUGAAAAAAAAACCCUUCCCUCAGGACGCUGGCAAACGAGCGACCAGCGCUAGCAGGGUCCAGAAAGAGAGCCCCAAGGCUGUCCGACACAGUGUCCUGCAAUCACACAGCAAGGAGGGGAAAGAUGCUGCUGGGUCCAAAACUAACAGCUUGCCUGCACAGGAGAAGCGCUUGGAGCUGCAGCGUGCAUCUUCAUCCUCCUCCUCCUCCUUCUCCUUCUCGUUCGACUCUUGGAAUAGCCGUCUGGCUGAGUGCACAGGAGCAAACGAGAAGCCCAACACCUAUCCUUCGUAUUCUGAAACCAUUAAACACAAAGCUAAAACCAUUGACGGAAUUGAAUUUAAAAUGACUAACUUGAACAAUGCUGACCUCUCUCCCAGGGAGGAAGGUCCCCCGCAGCAAGCUGAACUUGAGAAUGGAGAUUCUUCUGUCUCCGAUCUCUCCAUGUCUAGCACUGAGAGGACCUUGGGCUUAACUGCUGGAAAAAACAUCAACACCACUGAAGUUUCCCAUAAAAGUGGUACAUUGUCUCCUGUAUUGGGAACACCAGAGAGAACCGAAGGGAACUCUCCCACUUUAGCUGAGAGCGGCACUUGUUCUGAUGUCAGGGCCAUGGUCCAGAGCCCUGGCUCCCCGGCAGCAGCCUCAGAGCCAGUGGUUGGUGGAGGAGGGACUCUGGACAGGACUGCAGGGUACUGGCAGGACAGUUUGGAUAGUGAUGGAGGAGGGUCUGUGGACACCCUGAGCAGCGACAGUGAUGACGAUGACGAGCCUUUGUUGUCGCUGGAGGAGUUCAUGUCUCGGGGUUCAAAGCCAGCUGCCACGCCAGAGAAGAGCUCGUAUUCAGAGCCUAGCACCCCUGUGUCCUCGAGCCAUUUUACAGCUGUCCCCAGCAGACCACUGAGUUACAAAAACAGCCUCGCAAGUAUGCUGAAGGAAAAGGAGGAACAGCAGAGAGUGAAAGAGAUUGAUCUCCAGUUCCAGAAUGACAUCGGAGAGGGCAAGGCGAUGUGGAAACUGAGUGAGGAGCUGGAAGAGGGCAGUGCUGAUGGAGAGGAGCUCAUUCCUGAAGAACACCGGGAUUUUGUGGAGAAGUUUUCCAUUAUUUCGGAUGCCAUUCCGGACUUGCACCCGGGAGAGGAAAUCUUCCACUUGUCAAACUUCGGGAAGCUCUUCACUCAGGAAAGUCUUAGCUUGAGCAACUGCAGAUUGAGCCCUGAGAGUCGUGAGCAGGACGCGCUUCUGAGUUUCUACCCUCGAAAGCAAACAUUUGUGUGCAGUCAAGGCUUUCUAAAGAUAGCAUUUCAGUGUGCUCCUCGUCAGCCAUCUCUUUACAAGUGGUUGUUUCAGAUGAUGUCUGUCCAUUCAGAUAUUCUGACUUCCAGACUAAUUCUUAAAGGGCUAAGAGACCUUGCAUUGAAUACUGCUGAUCAGAUAGUGCUAAACAAGAAAAGCCCAGCCCGAGUCUGGCUGCCACCGCUGGAAGACGUGACGCUCGUGUUUCUCAACAUGGGCGUCCCCUUCGGCAGCCUGUUCCCCCUGGAAAAUCUCCAGCCAGACUUCUCUGAAGAGGAGAUUGUGCAAAGGGUAGAUGCCGUGGCAGAGGAUGCUGUAGAGAGUCGUGAGUGUGAUCCUGUGUGUUUCCCAUUGCAGAACUUCAUCAAUGUACUUCAGUAUCUGGUGAUGUGCACCUCCCUGUGCCCCAGGGCCUACAGUGACCGGGACAAGCUGCUGCUGCUGUCCCUGCUGUGCAGAGUCAGCCUGGAGAAGGGGCUGCGCCUGCACCCCAUGGUGGAAAUCCAGACCAUCAUUCACAACCUGCUCAAGAGCAUCAGGCACUGGGACACGCAGAUGCCUCUAAUUUGUCUAACCUUGAUCAGCCUAGCAGCUCAUCACCAUAACCUGCGAUGGCUGGUUACAUUACUGCCCAUCUACUCCCGCGGCAGACAACUCAGGAGACAUGUGAGCCUGGCGCUCAUCUCCAAACUCUUGAACAGGAGUUGCACUUACACGAUGGAAAACGCUGAUCUUCAGAUAACCGAGCUGCGUCCCUACUUGAUUCGAAUGAAGCCCUCCUCUCUGUUAAAAAAUAUGAAAGCUGAAAAGUGGGGGAAUCGGCUGGGAGACGAUCAGCCAUCGGAAAUCAGUCUGGAUCAGGAGGCGUACUACCUUGCACAUAGCCUGUUGGCAUUGGCCAGUGAAGUGGUUAACUUUGAUUCUAUUCCUGCUAGUCAAAGAAAACACCUAGUGCUACUGUCUGCCGAACUGGAAAAGCACAUCAAAUGUGAUAUCAGGGAGAGUGAUAAGCUUGUUUACCGCAGCAAGGUGAAGGAUUUGGUUGCACGGAUUUAUAUUAAAUGGCAGGAACUCCUUCAGAGAUCCAGGCCACUGCAGGGUAAGCUGCAUGACUACUGGGAGCCUUCAGCAGAGGACACCAGCACAGCCAGCCAAGAAGCGGAACCAGAACCUGAAUCAGAACUGGAACCUGAAUCAGAACCAGAACCGGAACCUGACAGGGAGGCCAACAAAGAACCUGUUGUCUUAACGGUGGAAGAAUGUGAGGCUAGUGGAGAAGAAAUGCAGUGAUUCACUUUGCUCUCUUCAGAUCGGAUCCGAACAUUCAGCCUGCCCUCCACUUGCCUUCCACAUUUCAAUACACCAGCAAUAUUAAAUACAACACAAUCCACUGACUGAAAUUCUCAUACAGUCAAUAUCAAAACACUUCUCCCCUCCGACGUCCCCACUGAUAAACGGACCGAAGAAAUCUGGUACCGUUUCUUUAGUCUAGAUUAUACUUUACAACAAAAAAAUAAAUAAGCCAAAUGAAUUCUUCAGUAUUUCGGUAUUAACCCUUAGCUGCCCGGUGUCCAAUAUAUUUGACAUUGUGAGAAUAGGCAUUAACAGGUAUGGGAACACACCCAGGGCAGCGUUGUUUCCAGGUUGACAGGUUUGCCUGGGCGAUCUCAACACUACAAGGUGGGGAGAGCUGAUGAGAAUGAAGUGAAAUUGUUACUUCAGCUUCGGGUGAAGCUGCUGAUACACUGCAUUGUUUUUAUAUGUAGAGGAAAGACCACACGCAAAAGAAAUAAUUCUACUGCACAUAGUACAUAUUUUUGUUACUGUAUAUAUUUCUAAAGAAAGUAAUUGCACUUGGCAGUAGCCAUUCUGUUUCAACCCUGUCCACAUUGGGUAUGUUUACAGGCAGGCAGUAUUCAGAGUAAAGAAUUCAGAAUCAGAGUGCAACGAUACCUGUAUCUUCAGAGUAUUUACCUUUCUGUUCGUUAGUGUGCUGAUUUCAAAACACGAAAAGAAUGACCUUCCAUCACCUUUAUAGUUGAGUACCAAUCAAAGGCAGUUUAUGUCAGCACUGAGUGUUUUAAAAGCCAUUCGGAAGUGAACUGCCCUCUCGUCCUGGGUCCUCAUCUAUUUACUGCGGUACCGAGGCUGUAAACUGACCAUGAAAAUAUAUAAUGCUAAGCCAGCAGAUGCACCUGAUGCAUCACCUAAACGUCAGCUUUGAGCUUUCCUUACACUUAACUGAAGAGUGACCUGAAGCUGUGCAAGCUGGGAUACGUAUGCCUGUCACGUUUCAAACGAGAGCUCAUCCUGCCCAGGAUUACAAUCCCACAAUUCAAUGCAGACAUGAUGCGUUUCUGAGGAAAGUGAAAUAAAAAUGAUUUCAUAUCAAGAGUAUAAAAGGAAGGCAAGACAAAUCGCUAAAAUUGUUUUGUGUUGAGUAAUUAACACAUUUUAUUUCAUGUAAUUAAUACCCAACACCUUCCGAUUUCUUCAAGGUAAUUACUUGGAGAAUGCGGGUAUCGGCGCGCCCCUGAUUCAGAAUAUUGUGUGUUCAUGGACAGCUCUGAAUUCUGAAAGCCUUAUCCUGUAAAUCAUAAGCACUUCCUCUUCCUAGUGUUCUGUAUCUCUGGGGUUAAAAAUGAAACCAUGUUAAUAUGAAACCCAGAACCAAGUACUGAUUUCCUGAUCAGUUCUCACUGAAUGCCAGGAUAGCAUUUGUAGACUAUAUAAAGAAUAGAGAAAAGCACAGCAUUCCUGAAGGCUUUUCCCCAUGCAGUUUCUGGUUGUUUUGCCCUUCUGUACUCUCCCCUCUCUCCAUACAUCACCUUCAGGACCCGCAUUCUGCUCUGUAGUAAUUCAUGUUACAAUUGAGUGUAGCUGACCUCCAGCCUGCACCAAGAAAAGCUCUGUUUGGAAUGCUCAGGGUGCAUCGCCGUCAUUAAAGGAAUAUUCUGAGAAGAGUUAGGAAUUGCAUGGAAAUAUUCUCUAUUGUUUUCUGCACCCCAAGCCAUUUGAAUGUAUGUUUUUGUAUUCAGUUAGGUCAGAAAUUGUUGUUCAUUGUUUUUAGUUUCUGCACAUUUUUAAAAAUAUAUUUUCUAUAUUUAAAGCCUUGCUUUUCAGUUCUUUUUAUAAUGUUUGGUACCGGUACCACUCCUUUCAUGUGAUUGUAAUAACUGCACUUUUAAAUAUUUGUUAGUUCUAUAAUAAAAUACGAGUUUGUUCGUG